CAAAUCACUUAAACAGUUCACAAAGAAAUACACAGAGCUCAUAAGCUACACAACUGCUACUGUUGGUUUCAAUAUCAUAUUGGCAGUUAGUGGAAUUUACUUUGCAGUAUUUGCCAUUUGAAGUGUAUGUUUUGUGUUACACCGUGCAAGAGAAACAAGAACAAUUAUAAUAAUAAUGUUGAAAAAAUGUACUACACUAUUUUUGCUGCUCUCCAUUAUUUUACCGAUAAUCGAAGCUUAUUAUAACGGAUAUGAUUCUUAUAAAGAGUAUUAUAAGAAUUAUGUAAAUGGAGUAUAUUCAGUGUCCUCAAAAAUGGCUGAGCAACCAAAUUAUAAGGAAAAGAAUGUACAAAAAGUAGUAAAAUAUAUUGAAGCAGGCUUUGUAUUUCCAGAUGACUACAGAUUGCGAACACGAAAUGGUGGUAGAAGUUACGUAAAAACUAAAAUUGACGAAACCGCGCCACGCUGUGACAACGGCCAACUCUUUUGCGAAAAUGUUCAAAAUUAUCCCAGAGAGUUUGUAAACCAAAUACUUAAGAAAAAUUCCGAUUUGUAUGUUUACGCGUUUAAGGAUGCUGUGCCUAUUGACUCAAGAUUAGAUUUAGAAGACGUAAAAGAACUUUGUCCGUCCACGGGACAUGAUAUUAUUCCGGAAGCGGCUAAAAGUAUGAAUGGUGAAUGGAUGCUUAUCGUGCAAUCGAAAGAGAUGAAUUUCCAACAGCGUAUACAUAUUGAAACAUGCCAAGAACAAGAUAGCAAAUGCCAAAUAAUCAACGACAAGCUACCCGAAGGUUACUUUCCACGGUGCAAACAGAAAUAUAUUUAUCGGCAACUAUUAGCUAUCAAGGACAAUGUGAAAACUGUCCACGAAAGCUUUCCGUUUCCUGCGACUUGUUGCUGCCACCUCUAUUUUCAUACAAAUUAAACGGCAGAACCAGAAAUUCUGCCUUUCGUAGUAAAGAUAUACAAGGUAUAUAUGUAUAAGAAUAUUUUUAAAAAUAUUUUAGCAAAUAUUUUUGAGUAAUAAUAAUUAGUUAGUCAUUAAGUUGUUUUUCUUCGUGACGUAAAACUAUGAGUCCUUAUACUAAGAGCUCUUCAGAACAUUGUACGCCGAAUAAGAUAUUCUAAUAAUCUGAAAGAAUAGAACUUUAAAUAGCAUACAAAUAUAAUCGUGUUAAAAAAG